AUGCGCUUCCAGUUCAAAAGGGUGAGUCCCAGCUAUGCAUUGAAACUUUCCCUGGUCACCUUGACGUGGAUUCCUGUCGUAAUGACCUUCAAUGAGAAUGUCUGCUAUAUCGCCAGGGUCGAUGGAUCAUCGAUGAGACCGACAUUAAAUCCCGAUGAUAGCGCAAGCUCCACUGAUUGGGUUUUGUUGUGGAAAUACCAUGCCAGGAAGGCUCAAUCUUUGCAUAGAGAUGAUGUGAUACUGUUCAAAUCUCCAAUGGACCCUUCAAAGACUUACUGUAAGCGUAUCAAGGGAAUACAAUACGACUCGAUACUCACGCGAUACCCUUACCCUCGAGAAGUGGUGCAUAUACCUAGGAAUCACGUAUGGGUAGAGGGUGACAAUGCCUUCCACUCGAUUGAUAGUAAUAACUUCGGACCGAUUUCAAAUGGAUUGGUUGUCGGCAAAGCUGUCAAAGUAAUAUGGCCUCCGUCACGCUGGGGCACUGAUUUGAAGUUUACCACUGGUAGACACGAGAUAUUAACUGCUAAGCCAAAGUGA